AUUGGCUGAACUAAGCUAGAACACCCGCCCUUUCAGUUGGGAUGGAAUAACACGGAAGGAGGUUGUGCUGUCUACCCGGAAAUCCAAGCCAAAACUAUAUGCGAGUGCCACGUAUGGGUUAUUUUUGGUGAGCCACUACCUCCGAUAUCAGAGUAACAGCUAAUUUGGGCUGUAACGAGUGUUUCAUACUUUUAUCGCUAUCUAGUCACUGGUUCUCAGCGGACAGUGAUUGACCACAGCAGCACUGCCAAAGAUUCAAACAACUACAAGUUUGAAGGAAUCAGAAUGGACACAGAUCUGAACUCUGUUAACUCCACCUUCUUGUCACAUUGUGAUGAUCACAAGCUGUUCCAGUUGACGAGAUUCUACCGGGACCGACUGGAGCAGGCGAUUGAAGAGGGUGUGGAUGGACUCGGCUUGAUGUUAAUGGGCGCGGAUCACUUCAGUGGACUAGAGUACCAUAGUGUGACUGACCUCGCGGAGAAGGGAAACCGAGCGGCCAGUUCCAAAUUCCUAGUGGAUCUGGUAAUGGAGAAGGGCUCUGGGGCUCAAAGGGUGAUGUGGGAAUCCUUUGUGAAAACACGUCACACGUUACCAAAGCUGGACAGAAUAUUGAAAGACAUACAGGAACGUGGUGAUGGUCAUUUCGCCUACAUGGACACAGAACGGUGUUUAUCUCAAGUGCCCACUCACCUGAAAGAUCUUCAAAAGAAACACAAGGAGACUCACCGGACACGAACUGAAAAAUUGAGCGUGAACACGAUCCUGAUGAAGGAAAAGGUGAAGGAUUUUCAGUUGGUUGAUCGAUACGCUGCGCUCACGGUCAUCUCUACUGUUCGAGAUCGGAGCCUGGUGGAACAUGAGUUGCUGGCAAGAGGCCGGGACCAUGAGAAGUGCAUAGUGAAAUGCCUCAGGAGAGACUUGGAAAAAAUCCGGAUUGAUCAAUUGUUUCAGAGCUGCUUUUUCCAUAACGUGACUUAUUGGGGGCAAUUCAUGCGUUUCUUCGGAUACGAAUCUAGAAGCUUGGCGUCAGCGACCAGAGAGAACUUUGGGAGUUUUACAGUAGUGGCUGGAGUUCCGGGGAUUGGAAAAACAACAAUGGUGCAAAAGAUCGUUUAUGAUUGGGCCACGGGGAAAAUUUACCAACACUUCCAGUUUGUCUUCAGUUUCAGAUUCCGGGAUUUAAACACCAUUAACUGUCAAAUAACCCUGAAGGAAUUGAUUCUGGAUCAGUACCCUUACUUUGGGAAUAUUCUGGGAGCGAUCUGGAAGAACCCAGAGGGACUGCUGUUUAUAUUUGAUGGUUUCGAUGAAUUCAAGGACAUGAUAGAUUUUGAUGAUAGUCAGAGACACACAGAACCUCAGCAUAUGUGCCCAGAUCCCGAGUUCCGGUGUAAAGUGCCUGAUAUUGUGUACAGUUUAAUCCAGCAAAUACUGCUCCCAGGGUGUUCAGUGUUAGUGACCACCCGUCCCAAUGCACUACAUUUAUUGGAAAAGGCAAAGGUUAGUAUGUGUGCUGAAAUCCUGGGAUUUGUUGGUGAGCAACGGAAGGAAUAUUUCACCAGGCAUUUUGAAGAUCAGACAGUGGCAGGAGCUGUUUUCAAACACGUGGAAGAGAACGUGAUCCUGUACACAAUGAGCUACAACCCCUCCUACUGCUCGAUCCUUGGCCUGACACUGGGUCCGUUCUUUACAAAAGGACAUAAGGACCCUAACCGAGUUCCCAAGACCAUCACCCAAUUAUAUUCCUACUAUAUUUACAACAUCCUGCAAAACCACGGCCGUGAGACUGAGAGCCCUCGUGAGGUGUUACUGAGGCUUGGUCAGAUGGCCUUUACAGGUGUAUCAGAGAAGAAAAUUGUGUUUACAGAUGGAGAUUUGGACAAGUACAAUCUGAAGCCUUCCCAGUUCCUGUCUGGCUUCCUGAUGGAAUUAUUGGACAGAGAUGAUUCUGUUCAGAACGUGGUGUACACAUUCCCUCACCUCACCAUCCAAGAGUUUGUAGCUGCACUCGCUCAAUUCCUGUGUCCAUAUUCUGAGGAUCUUCGGAGACUGCUCACCGAAUCCCACAGCACGACAGACGGGCGAUUUGAGAUAUUUCUCCGGUUUGUGGCUGGUCUCUCCUACUCUUUGUCAGCUCGAAGCCUGGAGGAGUUUCUGGGUCCAUUUCCUUAUGAAACUACCUGCCAGGUGAUUGAUUGGGUGAAGGAGGAGGUUGAACGCCAGGCUGGAAAUACAGAGUGUGAAGCUGGAAAAAGGAGCCUCCUGAACACAAUGCACUACCUGUUUGAGUCUCAUAAUAGUGGACUGGCUCAGAACGCACUGGGAUCUGUGGAAACACUUUCAUUCAGUGGAUUGCGACUGACACCGAUUGACUGUUCAGUCCUGUCUCAUGUCAUUGGCUGCUGCGAUACAAUAAAACACCUCGAUUUGGACAGCUGCCACAUUCAAUGUGAAGGACUCCAGCGGCUGGGACCCAGGCUGCACAAGUGUCAGCACUUGGGAUUGGGAAAUAAUGACCUGGGAGAUUCGACCAUGAAGCUGGUGUCUGACGCUCUGAGGGAUCCGAACUGUAAAAUCCAGAGACUGGGAUUGGGAAAUAAUGGUCUUACCGCUUCUCCAAUUGCCAAAUUUACCACUGCUCUUUCCGCAAACCGUUCGUUGAUGGAGCUUGAUAUUAAGGAUAACAAACUGGGAGAUUUGGGGGUGAAUCGUCUAUCCGAGUCUCUGAAGAACGUGGAAAAUAAAAUACAGAAAUUGGAGCUGAAAAAUAACAGUUUUACAGCAUCUUGCAUGAAGAAACUCGGCUCUGCACUCAGUGGCUCGCUGAUAGAACUGGGACUAGAUAACAAUAAACUGGGAGAUUCGGGAGUGAAAUUGCUGUGUGCGGCUCUGAGGAACACAGAUUGCAAAAUACAAACUCUACGGCUAUGUAGUAUCGGUCUGACGGCUUCUGGUGCCCAGGAUCUCGUCUCCGCUCUCAGCACAAACUGUUCUCUGAUAAAUGUUUCUCUGAGUUCUAAUACACUGGGAACAUCUGGAGUGAAGUUGGUAUCUGAGGCUUUGAAGAAUCCAGACUGUAAAAUACAGAAACUGCAUUUAUGGGACGUCGGUCUCACAGAGUCGUGCAGUGAGGAUCUGGCCUCUGCUCUUUUCACAAACUGCUCACUGAAAGUUCUGUCACUGGGUGAUAACCAACUUGGAGAUCUGGGGGUGAAACGUUUUUCUGUGGCCCUGGGAAAUCAACAAUGCAAACUGCAGGAACUGGAGCUGUAUAAAAAUGGCCUGACAGAUUCUUGCACGGAGGAUCUCUCUUCGUGCCUCAGGAAAAUGCAUUCACUGAAAGUUGUGGACCUGGGAGCAAACUCUUUCACAGACGUAUCUGUUCCCUCUCUCCGCCACCUCAUUGAGAAACGCAAGAAUUUGAAGCAGAUCGUACUCCAGGGGAAUCCGAUCAGUUCAGAUGGACAGAAUCAACUGAAGUCUCUGCGCGGACUCAGAAAAGGAUUAAAAAUUGAACUGUGACAAUUCCAAGAAGAAAUAUUUCCAUCCUCGGGAUGGUUAUAUUUUUGACCAAUUUCCUGAAUCCUUGCCAUCCUGGUCAAAGGGCUACGCUGCAGAUGAACCCCCAUCCACCCCCACCUCGAGGUGAGCAUGUGCUGCCACCCGUGUAGACAAGCUGGGCCCAAUUCAUACUGAUGUAUCUUGAGCGCCCUCGCCUUGUCGAUUGAUCUGCGGGACAUCUCAGCAUGCAUGCCUCCAGGUUGAGCCCUGUGCAAAUGCAGAGACAGGAAUGGCUCAGGAGAAGCUCGGUUUGGGCAGCAGUUGGAGAAUGAGAAUCUUAUUCACUAAGCUUAGGGUUGAUUUGAUCGGGUAAAUGAUGUACUUGAUUAAGUUGUUGAAGACGGUGCAGCGGUGACUUUGGAGUAGGAAUGUUUACCCAAGUACUUUUUGAAGUACAGCUACAUAUUAUGUUGUGACAUUCCUGCCUGUUUCUUACAUGUGACUUUAUUAAUUGGAUGCUAUUGUGAUUAAUUUGUCAAAUGUUCUGUAACUUUUCAUUCACCGUCUAUUAUUUUCUGAAAUUCGAAUAAAAGUAUUUUAAACUUUGAA